AUGUUAGAGUUGAAAGCUACGUUUGCGCACUUAAGUUUGGCUAGUGAUGGUGGUUUGUUAGCUGAACUUCAAGUGAGGCCUACUUUGGCUCAACAAAUUAAGAAGAAACAACCAUUAGAUGGAGAUUUGUUGAAGAGGAUUUGUCAAGUUGAGCAAGUUGUUAAUGGAGACUUUGAUGUUGAUGCAGGAGGUAUUUUGAAUUUUCGAGGUAGAUUGUGUGUGCCGCAAGAUGUGGAUUUAAGACAAGUGAUCCUUACCCAGACGCAUAGUAGUCCUCAAGCUAUCCAUCCAGGUAGUGGUAAAAUGUAUCAUGAUCUCUGUGAGUGGGAAAAGAUCACUAGGAAUUUCUUUUUGGGUUUGCCUUUGACGCCAUCGAAGAAGGUUUCGAUUUGGGUUAUAGUUCAUCAGUUUUCAAAGAGUGCGCAUUUCUUGGCAGUGCGUACCAAUUAUUCUUUACAGAAUUUGGAAAAGUUGUACAUUGUAGAGAGUGUACGUCUUUAUAGAGUUUCGAUUUCUAUCAUCUCCGAUAGAGAUCCAUUUUAUGUUGAGGUUUUGGAAGAGUUUGCAAGAGGCUUUAGGGCCAAAUCUUACUUUCAGUACAACUUAUCACCCCCAAACUAA